AUGGCGAGAAAGGUACCGGCUCGCGAUCAAAUCGUGAAACUGAUAGUUGGUGCUGGCCAAGCAAGUCCUAGUCCGCCUGUUGGUCCGGCUCUGGGUAGUAAAGGUGUCAAAAGUAUUGAUUUCUGCAAGGAAUUCAAUGCUCGCACAGCUCAUAUCACUCCCGGCGUCCCUAUUCCAGCCCGUGUUACAGUCCGCCCGGAUCGCUCAUUUUCCUUUGACAUACGCACGCCCAUGACAUCUUGGUUGCUGCUCCAAGCUGCCGGUGUCAAAGAGAUCAAAGGCAAAAUCAAGGGAGCAGGCCAGCCAGGUCAUCAAUCUGUUGGCACAGUUUCUUUGAAACAUAUCUAUGAAAUUGCGAAAAUCAAGCAGAGUGAGCUGCGGCUAUCGGGGUUGAGUCUCGAGGCUCUGAGCAAAAGUGUGAUAUGGCAGUGCAAGUCUAUCGGUGUCAACGUCGUGCCGUGA